AUGCUAUCACUGCCACCAUCACCUCCACCUAUCAACACCUCCCCUCAACACCAUCCCCUCUUCCUCAACUGGACCACCUCCACCUGCCACUCCAUCGCCCGCACUCCGAUCGACCGCCGGAUCUGGCAAACCGUGAUCCCGCAACAAGCCCUGGGAUGCCCGUACCUCCUCCACGGCCUCCUCGCCAUCUCCUCCCUCCACCUCGCCCUGCAGCAACCCAUCUCACCUACCCAGCGCCACCGCAAAAGCAGCCUAAUAACAGCAGCAGAGCACCACCAAAGCGCCGCAAUCACCCUCCUCACGCAAGCCCUCCCCAGCACCACCAACAACAAAACCACCACCUUCGCCCUCUCCUGCCUACUAAUAGGCUUCGCAUUCGCCUUCCCCCUCGCAACCGCAGAACCCACCUCCCCGGGCCACCCCUCUAUCAACCACAACCCACACCCCGAUCCCCUCGACGACCUCCUGAACAUCUUCACGCAUAUCCACAAAAUGAUGGCCUUCUCCACGCCGACAAUCCCGCACCUCCGCACAACCGAGAUGGGGGAUCUUCUCCACCUCCGCCUCAACCACAACGACCCUAAUCUGCUCCCAACCUUAUCCCAACCCUCCCACCAAGCAAUCACAACCCUCCUGCAGCACCUCCACAACAGUUCCCCCACCUCCUCCAACUCCGAGGAAUACCCCAUCUACCAAACAGCCAUCGCCCACCUCGCCCACCUCCUCGCCGAGCGCGAUGACGACAACGACCCCAAAGAUCUCGUCUCCGCCAGCUUCCUCUGGAUCUGUGCCCUGCCGACCGGGUUCCUCGAGCUCCUCCGGCGCCGCCGGCCGCUGGCGCUGGCCAUUCUGGCGCAUUACUGCGUGGUGCUGCAUGCGCUGCGGCAGCGGUGGUGGAUUGCCGGGUGGGGGCGGCGGGUGUUUCAGACGGUGGAUGGCAUCCUCGAAGAAGAAGGGGAAGAGUGGAGGGUGGCGUUGGAGUGGGCUUGCAGGCAGAUUGAGGGGGCAGGAAGGAAGUAG